UCUGAUGACUCCGUUUACGUUGUUCCUCGCCUUGUCGAUGGGAAUAUCAUCAAAAGCUGUUGAGCCACUUGAGAAAGAAAACAUAAGACUUAUUGGAGGAAGGACUCCAGCAGAAGGUCGAGUUGAAAUAUAUUUCAAUGGCAGCUGGGGAACAGUGUGUGACGAUUCCUGGGACGACAGUGAUGCUCUGGUCGUAUGCCGAAUGCUUGGAUACAGUGAUGGUAUAGCCUACAGAAAGGCAAAAUUUGGAGAAGGUUCUGGACCCAUUUGGUUAGACGAGGUACAAUGUGAUGAAACAGAAUACAACAUCGAAGAUUGCCUUCAGAACGCUUAUGGAGACCACAACUGUGACCAUUCAUCAGAUGCUGGUGUUCUUUGCAGUAUCGAUGGCGUUGCAUACUCCAAGGGGAAAUAUGGUACCGGUUCUGGUCGAAUAUGGCUUGACAAUAUGAAUUGCACAGGUAACGAGCCUUCCAUUGCAAGCUGCCAAAAGAGCCUGUGGGGUGAAAAUGACUGUCGACAUGCAGAAGAUGCAGCUGUCGAAUGCAAAAAUAUAUCAGUACGUCUGGUCGGUGGCAACAGUUCCUCAAAUGGCCAUGUGGAAGUGUUUUUCAGUGGACAAUGGGGUACUAUUUACGAUUCUGAUUGGAACCAUAACGAUGCCUUAGUUAUUUGUCGUAUGCUGGGAUACAGUGAUGGAAUCGGCUACAAAGUGGCAAGGCCGUUUUUGGCAUUUGAACCGUUAUGGUUAGACAAUGUGGACUGCGAUGGGUUUGAGAUGUCCAUAGACCAAUGCAACAGAAGUAAAUGGGGAAGUUAUCAGCAGAUAGUUAAUGAAAGAGUUGGAGUCCAUUGCCAAAACAUCUCUGUACGACUCAAGGAUGGAAACUCAUCGGGGAAUGGACGUGUAGAGGUGUUUUUCAACGGAGAAUGGGGGACAAUUUGUGAUGAUAACUGGAGUAACAACAAUGCCUUAGUAAUCUGUCGUAUGCUGGGCUAUAGUAACGCCGUGGCCUACAGCAAAGCCCACUUUGGUGCCGGCACUGGACAGAUAUGGCUGGACAAUGUGAAUUGUACUGGGACGGAAUACUCCCUGUCAGAAUGCAUGAGUAAUCGAUGGGGACACCAUGAUUGCGAACAUAAUGAAGAUGCGGCUGUCAACUGUUGUAAGUAUUUGACAUAUUUAGUUGGUAAACUGUUCUGGAUUAAAUUACGUAUUGGCGGUUUAGGCCUCGAUGGUGACGUCAUAUCCAACAAACUGUUUGGAAAAGGUUCUGGUAAAAUAUGGCUUGAUGAGGUGAACUGCGAUGGAAGUGAAAGUUCCAUUGAACAGUGCGAUUUCGAUCCAUGGGGAGUGCACGACUGUGCCGAAGAUGGAGAAGCAGCAGUUAAUUGCACUCACAUCUCAGUAAGACUUGUCGAUGGACUAAAUUCAAGCGAGGGACGUGUUGAGGUUUUCUUCAAUGGCAUGUGGGGUACUGUGUGCGAUGACCAAUGGGAUCGUUUCGAUGCAUUAGUCGUAUGCCGGACGCUUGGAUACAGUGAUGCUGUGGCCUUUUCAAAAGGAUCAUUUGGUGAAGGAAUAGGGAAAAUAUGGUUGGAAAAUUUAAAUUGCAAAGGAAAUGAGAGUUCUAUCGGCGAGUGUGUUGACUCAUGGGGGGGCACGCAAUGUCAUCAUUGGGAAGAUGCUGGAGUUCGUUGUUCCAAUGUUUCUGUGAGACUGGUCGGUGGUAACAAUGAAAGCAACGGCCGUGUCGAGGUGCUCUAUAACAAACAAUGGGGUACAAUUUGUAGUGACCAAUGGGAUUUCUAUGACGCUUUGGUCAUAUGCCGAAUGUUAGGGUACAGUGACGGAGUGCCUUACAACGGACACAGUUUUGGCAAAGGUUAUGGCCCAGUAUGGUUAGGGAAUGUGCAAUGCACUGGAAACGAACGCUCGAUUUCAGAAUGUCCGUCAAGCUACUGGGGUACACACAGUUGUAACACUUCCAAGGACGCCGGUGUUUAUUGCAGUACUGAUGGCGGUAUAUAUACUUAUCCCAAUGAAAUCAACGAGACAGCGGUGUGGCUUGACGAUGUGAAAUGCUCGGGCAAAGAAACAUCUAUCAUAGACUGUGAGAUGACUACUCAGCAGAAAGACAAAUGUCCCAACGGUUAUGCAGCUAUAUAUUGCCGAAACAUCAGUGUUCGAGUUGUCGAUGGACCCAAUAAGGCAAGUGGUUAUGUGGAGUUGCUGUACAGCGGAGUCUGGGGAACGAUUUGCUCUGAAAAAUGGGAUCGCAAUGAUGCCCUUGUAAUAUGUCGAAUGUUGGGUUACAAUGAUGCCAGUGUGAAAAAUAAGAAGAAAAUCAAACUAGCAGCAGAACAGAUGUGGCUGGGAGAAGUUGAAUGCACUGGCAAAGAAAACUCCAUCACUGAAUGCAAGCACUCGGAUUGGGGAUACGAAUGUUCAUACGAGGCAGCAGAGUUAUAUUGCCGUAACAUUUCUGUAAAACUUGUGGACGGUCAAAUUCCCUCUGAAGGUCGGGUGGAGGUAUUCUACAACAACUCCUGGGGAACUGUCUGUGACGACAGCUGGCGAGAGGAAAAUGCCCAAGUGAUCUGUCAGAUGCUUGGAUACAGUUUUAGAUACGAAAAUGUCGAAGUUCGAUUGGUCGACGGCGACUCUCCUGCAAACGGUCGCGUUGAGAUAAAGUUCAAAGAACGAUGGGGUACCAUCUGUGAUGAAGGUUGGGACGACAACGAUGCUGUGGUGGUGUGUCGGAUGAUUGGAUACAGUGAUGGCAUUGCUUAUAAAAAUGCAAAAUAUGGCCCCGGUACAGGACCAGUAUGGCUGCACAAUGUUAACUGUAAUAGUAGCGAAUAUUCCAUUGCGAACUGUAAUCGACUUGACUGGAACUCAAGCAAAUGCCAACAUUCCCAAGAUGCCGGUGUAUUUUGCAAAGAGGUCGCGAUCAAACUUCUUGGCUCUAUGGUUCCUGGACUGGGCAGAGUGGAAAUCGGUAUUGCUGGGAAAUGGGGUACUGUAUGUGAAGACAACUGGGAUCGAAGUGAUGCCCUGGUUGUCUGCCGUAUGCUUGGCUAUCAUGAUGCAGUGGCCUACACUAAUGGCAAAUUUGGAAGAGGUAACCAUUCAAUAGUCCUUGACGAAGUGGAGUGCCUUGGCAACGAAUAUUCCAUUGCCAACUGCAGCCAUAGCCCAUGGGGUCAAUCCCAUUGCAAGUAUCCAGGUGCAGCUGGUGUCCAUUGCUUAAAUGUCACGACUCGAUUAGUUGAUGGCACCAACAGAAGCAACGGCCGCGUUGAGGUAUUUUAUAACGGCGCCUGGGGCACAGUGUGUGAACGAGGAUGGGACCGAAGAGAUGCGUUAGUCAUCUGCCGUAUGCUGGGAUACAGUGAUGCUACGACUAAACCAUUAGGAACUUUUAAAUCCGGCUUUGGAUCAAUCUGGGUGGAUGAAGCCAAUUGUAGCGGCUCAGAACAAUCUAUUGCUGACUGCACCGGAAAUAUCUGGGGGACGACUGAAUGUAAUCACAAACAGGAUGUUGGUAUAGCUUGCCGUAACCUCACUGUACGACUUGUGGCUGGCAAGACAUCGGCAGAAGGCCGCGUGGAAGUAUUUUUCAAUGGCAAAUGGGGAACAGUCUGCGAUGAUGGAUGGAACGAAGAUAGUGCUCUUGUGGUCUGCAGGAUGCUAGGAUACAACGGUGCUAUUUAUUAUGGUAAAGCUCGAUACGGCCCUGGUACUGGACCCAUCUGGAUCGAUGACUUGAAAUGUUCCGGUAAAGAGCAUUUCAUUACAGACUGCAAAUUCAAUGAUUGGGGCAAACACGAUUGCAGCCAUGCAGAAGAUGCUGGUGUACUUUGUAGAAAUAUUUCGGUUCGACUGAUGGAUAAAGAUAAACCCGGCAUAAACAAGGGCCGUGUUGAAGUCUUCUUCAAUGAUACCUGGGGUACAAUUUGCGACCAUGGAUGGGACGAUGCUGAUGCAUUGGUGGUGUGCCAAGCACUUGGAUUCAACGGUGGUGUAGCAUACAAAGCAGCCAAAUAUGGAGCAGGCAAAGGUCGUAUCUGGUUGUCAGACGUUGAAUGUAUCGGGGAUGAAAAAUCCCUCGCUGAAUGCAAGAAAAAUCCCUGGGGUCUGAACCACUGCAAACACGAUAAAGACGCAGCUGUUGAAUGCAGUCGGUUAAGGUUAACAGGAGGAAAGAACGAUGUCAGUGGUAAUGUAGAGAUUAGCUUCAACAACCGCUGGGGUUCAAUUUGUGAUAACGGCUGGACAGACAAAGAGGCACAUGUUGUCUGUAAAAUGCUUGGAUAUACAGAUGGUGUUGCUUUCCUCAAUUCCAACUUUGGCCAAAUCUUCCAUAAAGUAUGGUUAGAUAAUGUCAAGUGUACCGGACAUGAAAUAUCACUAACUCAAUGUCGUAAAAGUAAUUGGGGUGAUACUCACUGCUCGAGUUCAAAUGCAGCCGGCGUGCAGUGUGGUUAUCUACAAGGGAGACUGAUCGGAGGUAAAACCCCACGUGAAGGCCGCAUUGAGUUCAACUAUGCCGGUAUUUGGGGAACAGUUUGUAAUACCAACUGGGACCAAUAUGAUGCCCAUGUUGCCUGUCGAAUGUUGGGAUUUAGCACUGGUCAAGCAAUUACUGAUGGUCGUUUUGGUCCAGGGUCUGGUUGGAUUUGGUUAGAAAAUGUCAAUUGUACCGGAAGCGAAUCAUCAAUAACGUUAUGCAAUAAAAGUGAUUGGAAAUCAACAAAUUGUGACCAUUCCAGAGAUGCUGGACUCAUAUGCGAAUACACUGUUUGAUUGAUUUAUCUCCCCCUACUUCCUGCACUGACUAAUUGCUCUGAACAUUGGGUUAUCAGCCAGCAAUUGCGAACAUUCACGAAACUUCAAGCUUGUAAUCAAUAACAUUUAUAGAAAUAAAGAUAAAUACAGA